UUAUGUAUACGUCUUGUAUGGUUUAGAAUUUUAUAGAAGUUCCAGCUGUUUUUCAAUUUAUCAAAUAAUUUAUUUUUUAAUAGCCUAUUUAAUGAUAUAAAAAAUCAUACAAAUAAUUAAAAAGCAUUAAAUAUAUAAUUGUGAUUAUAAUUAUUUACUAAUUAAAAUGAGUUUACACGACUGGGAAGAGGUAAAAAGGCUAGCAGCGGAUUUUCAGAAAGUUCAACUAACGACUAGCUCACAAAGACUUUCAGAAAGAAAUUGUGUUGAAAUCAUUACCAAAUUAAUCGAAGCCAACCUCUUGAAUGUCAUCUUUACAAUCGAUGGUAAAGAAUACGUAACUCCACAACACUUGGAAAAAGAAAUUAAAGAUGAAUUAUAUAUACACGGUGGAAGAAUAAACUUGGUAGAAUUGACAAAAAUUCUAAAUGUAGAUUUUACUCAAAUAUCUAAAGUGGCAACGGAAAUUGAAAAAAAUGAUAAAGGAAUUAAAAGAAUUUUAGGCCAACUAAUUGAUAAAACUUAUAUGAUGAAAAUUGUCCAAGAGAUUAAUGAUAAACUCAAUCAAGUAGGAUUCAUGAACAUUGCAGAUUUAACUCUUGACUAUGAUUUACCAGGAGAAUUUUUGCAAUCAUUGAUUGAAAAAUCACUUGGAAAAACAAUUUAUGGUCGGCAAGAUCAACAAGACCCAAAAUUCUUUUAUACUGAAGGAUUUAUAGCAAGAAAUAGAGCUAUAAUUCGAGGCGCUUUAUCUGCAAUAACUAAACCUACUCCAUUGUCUGCAAUAUUAGGACAGUGCAAUAUACCUGAACGAAUUUUUUUUUCAAUUAUUGAUAGUCUAAGUGGAUCGAUGCAAUUUCCUGGUGUAAUAUCAGGAAGACACAGUACUAGUGGAAUAUAUGUGCCAACAAUUUAUUCUAAAUGUCAAUCUGAAUGGGUAGAUAAUUUCUACAAACAAAAUGGCUACAUAGAAUACGAUGCGUUAAUUCGAUUAGGAAUAUCAGAGCCAAAAAAUUAUAUAAAACGUCACUUUUCCCAAAAUACUUUCGUAUUACUACGAACUGUAGCUGUAGGAACCGCUAUAAUUGAUCAAAUUGAUGCUAAUAUUGAAGAAGUAAUUGCAACAAAUUCAUUUGUUGAUAUUUAUCCAUUAAUGCCUUCAGUAUUUACACCUGAAGAUAUUGAAACUCUUUUGAAGGAAGCUUUAAACCGUUCUAAAACACAAUUUUAUAUUUUUGCCACUACAGUAAUUGUUUCUGAUGUUUUUCUACAAAAAUUAAAUAAAUCUUUAGAAUCAUUAGCUGAAAAGAAAGCAAAAGAAGUUGUAGAAAAUGGUAAGUGGCUACAAUAUAUUAUAGAAAGUAAAUUAAAAAAUUCAGCAGCAAAAAAUAUUGAAAAUAAAAGAACGGACAGUAAAAAAGAUGAAAGGAGGAAAAAAGCAGUAGGUGGUAAAGCCGGCGGUGGGACUCAAGGACGUGAAACUAAAAUGAAAGCUGUCAAAAAGAAGUAUAACCAAGGGAAAAAUCAUGAAAUGGAUUCGGAUGAUGAGAAAUCCGUGAAAAUGGAAAAAUCUGAGUUAAUUUUGGUUUCUUUCGAAGAUUUAAAAAAUCAAUUAGAAAUAUAUGAAAAUUUGACUGAUAUUCCAGAGCUUUGUGAUGAAUUAAUUAAUUAUUUUCAUCAGAGAUUAAAUAAAUUAGCAUAUCAAAUUGCUGAGAAAUUUUCUCAAACUAAUAAAACCACUAAUUUAUCAGAAAUAGAAGAAAAAUUAAAUCUUCUAAUAAAUAACAUAAAAAUUUUCGAAAAAGGGAUUAAAUGUCUUUCAAAUAAAGAAUCGAUUUUAUUAUUAUCGAAAUAUUUGAUGAAGACAUUAGGUACAGAUUUUAUCAAUGAAAUUCUAAAAUUAGCAGCUCAACAAAACGUCAUUCAAUGUCUUAACAACACUAAUAAUGAAAUGAGACUAAAAACACUCCAAGAUUUGCCCGUAGAUGUUCGGGAACCUUUAAAUAAUGUUCAUGUAGCCAUUACGAAAGGGUCUGUAGAAGAAUUUUUGAAUUCUAUUGAUGAAGCAAUGGCUUCUUGUUGUUUAGUUUUGAAAAAAUUUGAUAAAAAAAAAGAAAAAUCGUUGAUUUUAUCUCAUCGUCAAGCUUUAUUGGAGCAGCUAAGUGAAAUAAAAGAUCCUCCUUUAGCCCUUCAUCUAGUUACGAGUAUUUUAUUUACAGCUGCUACUCAAACUGCUUUACAUAUAUCUGGAAGACAUGUUUCAAUUAUUCUGACAUUUCUUCAAGAUUAUAUAAAACCUGAUACCUUUACUAAACUCAUGCAAUACCAUGAUCAGGUAUUGAAAUUACUUAGCUCUGAAGAUGAAUUCACUAAAAAUGAGACAUUGAAAUUACUCGAAGAUGGACUUCAGCAGCUCAAAGAUAUUGCAUUUAAUUUCAAAGAUCAUAUUAAUGCUGUUUCUGAUAAAAAUCAUGAGUAGAUGUUGUAGAAAAUACGUUAAAAUUAUGAAAAAUUUUUUAUAUUUAACAAAGAGAAAUCAUUAAGUAAAAACAUAAAUUUAAAAGAUGAUUAUUUUUUAAUAUUCAGGUAAUGUCUAUUGAAGCUUAUAAUAAUAUGAAUUAAAUUUCGAUUAUUAACUUUUAUGGUUAAUUUAUAUUUAAACAGAGAAUUUGUAGAUAUAUUAAUAAUUAUAAUGGAUAAUUAAAUAAACUUAUUUUUUUAAAUGUAUUUCAAUAAAAAUACAUGAAAAGUUGCCUUUAAAAUCGAUACUAGCAAGCGGGAAUCGCAAUUUAUCUUGUAAAUGUUCCGAUUCAAACUAUCGCGGAAUCAUUGUAUAUAUAUUUUGCUGAAUGCAGGUGAUAUAGGUAUACAAUACAUGAAAGAAGUCAAGAAACCGACACAGUUAGCCCUCUACAAAGUAAAUACUUUUCGGCUAAGUUUGACAUGAUUUCUUGUGUAUCUUCUUCUAUUCGUGGAUUUUUAUUUUCUUAUUUUAAAUAAAAAAUUUUCAAUAACAAUUAAAUUAUUAACAAAAAUUUCUAUCAUCCUAUUAUUAUAAUUAAUUCUUUAUACAGUAACUAAUCUUAUAAAUAAAAAAUUAUAUUCUAGUAAUUAUUGCGAAUGUAACGUAAUUGAUCUUUCUCUAAUCUUCAAUAUUCAAUGAUGCAUUGAUUGGGGUGUUAAGAAUAAUAUUUAAUUCCAAGAUAAUUAAAAUUUACUGUUCUAUUUAAAAAAAUUUUAUUAAAAAAAAAAAACUUGUACGGUGCAAACAAUAUGGAACUGGAGUUUGCUUUGCAACCAACCAUGUUUUACUGAUUGUAUCCGGUUAUUUACUGUGAAAUCAUGAACACCUGUAUCAGUGAUGUCCUUGGGAAUUAUGCGAAUUGUCUGCAAAAUAAUUUAACUGAAAAAUAUUAUAUAAGUGAUAUAGCAAGUAGAUAAAAAGAAAUAAAUCUCAUUACUUGAAUUGAAAUUUAUAAAAAUUAAAUGAAAAGUUGAUAGAAAAUAAUAAAAACAUACAAAAACAAGUGAAAAAAAUACUGUAGAAAGUGAUAGUGCUAAUUAGUCCUAAUGCGGGGAU